AUCAGUCAGCUGUAGGCUGCUAAAUCUGAGCGGUCCGCCAAAAUGUGUUUCUGAACACCCUUUGAGCCGAUAAAUCAGCCGUCCAGAUGCUGAAUCUUCACUCAUAUUAGGUCUAUAAGGUCUAAUUAAAAAUGUUUCGCAGUCAAGGGCACUAACGUUGCUGCACUGACCGUAAGGUUAGAGAAAUUUCCCAGAGGUUAUUAGCGAGUUAGCUAAGCUGGGACCUAAUUGAGACUUGGUGGCUUGCAGAAUCACGUCGCGGUUGAUUGACCUGCGCGCGACUUGAGCAGCUGCAGCUUAAGUCAGCUGUGACUGGAAACAUGAACACGUUGGUGACCAAAUUAGACCACAAAUGGAUUAGUCUAACCUUGAGACAACCUUGGAUAACGGCAGCUUCCAAGGUCCAGCUCUCCACACUUCCUCCAGAACCUGUCAUCCCCUCUAAGAAGCCUUUCAAAGUGGAGCUGGUUGGUGGAAAGCGUUACUCAUGGUGCACCUGUGGACACAGCAAGAAACAGCCUCUCUGUGACGGAGCCCAUAAAACCAAAGCCCAAGGCCGGUCCCCGCUACGCUUUGUCCCUGAGAAAGACACCACAGCUUGGUUGUGUGGUUGCAAGUACACAAACAACCCACCUUACUGUGAUGGCACGCACAAGCAGGACUUCAUCGUAUCCGCCCCGCUGCAUGAACAAACCGACUCUUGAAAAAGAAGUGGGAGAUGUCUUUGAACAGAGCAUAAUGUUGCCGUUGCAUUGAAAGAUGCUGUAGCUUGAAAGAGAAGGGAGUGGCGAUGGAAAGGUUAACGCCACAACCCUCGACUUCAUUUGUCCUUCCUUUGGGUCUUUUAUAAAGGAGAGAUCAUGUUGCAUUCACAACAGGGUUGGACGAUAUGAUGAUACACUGUGAUAUAAUACAGGUUUGAGCAUAGGUGUCAUUUACACUGGGGAUGCUGGGGACAUGUUGUUUUUUUUUAAAGCAGUUCUGAAAAAUUGCUUGCAACAAGAAAUGUUCAUUAACAAAUUAAAAUGCUAGAAGGAAAGGUUUAUUUGCACAACAAGAAUUGAAGAUGAAUUGCAUUGCAAUGUAAAUAUAGAGAAUAUAGAAAAGUUACGUAAGCUU